AAAAUAUAAAAGCUGUAAGGGAUUCAUUGUUGUUGUUAAUAUUGUCUUUGCGUUAUUACCAUAUAAGACAUUUUAUUUGAAUAUUAAUUUUAUAUAAUAUCAGAUUCCAGCUGCGUAGUUUAUAUUUCCGCUGUGCUGGAAUAACCCGGAACUAACAAAACAUUCGAUCUACACUGUAUAUACAAUCAUUUCUCCAGGAAGUAUAUUACAUCAAGAUUUGUGAAUUUUCUGAGCCUCUCCGAACCUCCCCGGUAUUCGAGGACCUCCGCGUCGCCUACGUAAGCAGCGUAACCCUCGGUCCGGAAUGUGCCUUUGUGUUAGCGGCGUAAGCUGCUCUUCGCUUUGGGUGAGUAAAGACAGACGUGACGGUAAGUAACCAAGCGAAGAAUCCCGUGUAUUUUGGUCACCGAGCAUGGCCUCACGAGGGUCGGAGGAAAUAGCGGAGCAAACUGAAGAAGCCGAAGUGACUCAGGACGAGGAGGAUUUGAGAAUAUCUCCGGCGGAGGAAAUGCCCGCUGACGGGCCCGGGGAUGGGGAGCCGGAGCAGCUGCUGCUGCCGUGGGACCGCUUCUCCGCCUGGCUUCACUGCAUCUGUGUGGUGGGCUUCGACCUGGAGCUCGGCCAGGCCGUGGAGGUUAUAUACCCUCACCAUUCAAAGCUGACAGAGAAAGAGAAAAUGAGCAUCUGCUACCUGUCAUUUCCAGACUCUAACUCGGGCUGUUUAGGGGACACACAGUUUUGCUUCCGUUUUCGGCAGGCGGCGGGCAGGAAGGCCUCGCUUGGAUGUUUUCUGGACCACUUCGACAGAGACGCACCGGUUUGCCUCAAGAAAGACCCGGGGCAUUUCUACGGUUAUGUCUAUUUCAGACAAGUUCGGGACAAAACGCUGAAGAGGGGCUACUUUCAGAAGUCUCUGGUUCUCAUCAGCAAGCUCCCUUAUGUCACCUUCUUCCACUCGCUUCUGAAGCUCAUUGCCCCUGAAUAUUUUGAGAAACAGGAGCCGUGUUUAGAAGCUGCUUGCAAUGAUAUUGACCGGUGGCCAACACCAUGCCCAGGCAAGAUCUUAUCUCUCCCAAUUAUGGGUGUCAUCAUGAAGCUGCGUAUACCGACAUGUUAUGACAAGCCAGGCACCUCGCAGCUCGUGCAGUCCUCCUCGAGCGACAGUCUUGUGUCUGUUGUACUUCCUACCAUCCAUGAAGUAGAUCUGUUCAGGUGUUUCUACCCCGUGUUCUUUCACAUCCAGAUGUUGUGGGAGCUCGUGCUGCUCGGGGAAGCACUCGUCGUAAUGGCACCGUCGCCGGCUGAGUCAUCAGACACAGUGCUGGCUUUAGUCAGCUGUAUCGCCCCGCUACGGUACUGCAGUGACUUCCGGCCCUACUUCACCAUCCAUGACAGCGAGUUCAAGGAGUACACGACUCGAACCCAAGCUCCGCCGUCUGUCAUUUUGGGUGUAACAAAUCCGUUCUUCGCCAAAACACUUCAGCACUGGCCUCACAUCAUCCGCAUAGGGGACAUGAAGCAAACAGAAAUGGCCAAACAGAUGAAGGUGAAGAAAUUAAAGAAUCUGAAAACUCUGGAUUCCAAACCAGGUGUGUACACUGCGUACAAGCCUUUUCUGAAUAAAGAUGAAGACAUCAUUAAGCAGCUCCAGAAGGGAGUUCAGCAGAAACGUCCAUCCGAGGCCCAGAAUGCCAUUUUGAGGCGAUACUUCUUGGAAUUAACACAAAGCUUCAUCAUUCCCUUGGAGCGCUAUGUGGCCAGCCUGAUGCCUUUACAGAAAAGCAUUUCUGCCUGGAAAAGUCCUCCUCAGCUCAAGCCGUUUGUACAGGAGGAGUUUAUGAAGACUCUGGAAAAGGCUGGUCCUCAGCUCACAUCUCGCCUCAAAGGAGACUGGAUUGGUCUUUAUAGGCAGUUCCUCAAGUCACCCAACUUCGACGGCUGGUUCAGAAACCGCAGGAAAGAGAUGAUGCAGAAGCUGGAGGCCCUGCAUCUCGAAGCGCUUUGUGAAGAGGAUCUGCAAUUGCGAAUUCAAAAACACACCGAAGUGGAGACAGUUGAUCUUGUUCUCAAGCUGAAAGAUAAACUGACGCAGGCUGAGCGAGAGCAGCUGCCGGUAAGAGCAGAGACACUGGCCAAACUUCAGUCCCACAUUGACUCCAUUAUCCUCUCACUUCCAGAGGACCUUCAGGGCAUCCUGCACAAACCAGCCACGCCCUGACCCCAAACACAAACUCUACCGCAGAAACAAGGACGAGUCGACUGAGCCGAUCACGGUUUUGGGGUUUGGGGAUUUAACACCAGAACUGCUCCAUAUAAGCUGUGAGCGCAUGUUUUUUUGCAAGCGCAGUUACUCUUACAGAUCAGAGGGGAGGGCCAAGCUGUGGGGCAAUGCUGGCAUUGCCGGAGCCCAGUAGAGCCAAAAUCGGCCCGAUGACGUUUGCUGCACUGUACGUGAAGAGAGGUGUUAGGAAUGUGCUCAUUCUUAAUAUCAAUGACGCUUUGUCUCUCACUAUGUGAGACUGACAUCUUGUUUUUAAACAUGACUGCCUGGACAUUUUUGGAGAUUAACCUAGUUGGACAGGAACCAUACGGAAUGAAUCAAGGGUGAUAAAAUGAAUAUUUAAUGCAGUGUGGGUUAGGUAUGUUUUAGAUAUGGAUUAACCCUAAGCCUGGACUAGAAAGGAUUUCCAGUUCCCUAUUGUCCAGUUCAUAUAUCUGAAAGCUAGGAAAUCUGUCCCGAAGUGAGAAUACAUACCAGGUAGGUAUCAAUACCAAGCCUGGAAUGAAGAGACGUGGGUUUAACGAAGCUGAUCAUAAUCAUGAUUAAUACAUAAAAUAAUUUCAGCCAGAAUGAACAACACUAACAGAACACACCCACAGGACCCUUAAUAUGUUAAUGAAGUAAAAGCGUGCUUCAUUUUCUAAAGGGGAAAUUUGACACCAUUACAUCAGGAGGUGCUGUGCAACAUUUAUGCCUUUUUAUAAUGCAUCAUCAAUUAAAACGUUAAAUAUGUAACGUUAGUGCAAAGUCUUGCCUAAAAGAAUAAAAACUGUAGCUUUUUUUCUGAAUGAUUGCAAUCCCUAAGUAAUUUCUUUUAUAAUAAUUAAUAUCUUCAGAGCAAAAAAAGAAAGUCAUCAUUGCCUAGGGCACAGGUUCCUAUCCCCCGUCCUGGAGUACCCUCUGUCCUGAACAGAUUAGGACUCUAACACACCUGAUUGAAAUAAUGAUCUAAUUAUCAGCCCCCCUGAGUUGAAGUUGUGUUAGAGCACUAAAAUGUGCAGGACAAGCGGUUCUCUAGGACCAGGGUUGGGAGCCUGUGGCCUAGGAAAUCAAUGUGUUUGGGGAAAGGGCGCCCUCUGGGGGUUAAGCUAGUUGUAAAAUCAUAGUAAUGUCCUGCUGAGACUGCUGUACUGCUGUACUGUACAUUUAGACGGAUGGUUUCGUUCGGUCUUUACUUGUUUCCCCAAAACAUGCAACGUGAAUCUGAUCUGUAUGCCGAGUACUUACUACUCUAGCCUCAUGAAUCUUUUUCGCAUCUGUAUAUCAGUCCCAUUGAUUGUGAUCAUAUUGAAGUACCUGACAAGAAGUGCAUGAAGUUCAUCUUGAAGCUCCUGAGAGUCCUGCAAGCGUUCUUCUAUCAUGUGCCUUGUGAUGUGAUGAGGAGCGAAAUGUAGAAACGACCAAAGAUACUGUACUAUUCGGGUUUUUUUGUUUGUUUGUUUGUUUGUUUUUUUUGUUUUGUUUUGUUUUGUUUUUUUAAGUGCAGAAUCAUUGACUGACACCUGAAGAAAUGCUGUCACUGUUUUAUGUUUUGUCACUUCUGAAGUGGUUGGGUGAUGAUAAACCUUGCUGAAGAACGAGGUUAGUUAUUCUCUAACUCCGUCAACUGGUUUUCUAGGCUUGUAGAUCCGACACUUUGUGGAAAUGACUGUAGGCUUUUGGUCUGAGACAACACAAUGGGCCAUACGACUGAGCCGGUCAUUAGCAGUUGGUGCAAACCUGUAUAAACUUUGUUAGGCAACCACUUGUGUUUUAUACAUACAGAGGAGCUUAUUUUAACAUGCUUAAAUUUUAUAUAAAGUAAAUUGAUAUUCUCUUGUGCAUAACACAAACACUUAUUGAACAGUAUUUUGUAAGACUGGUAUUUUUGAUCCUGAUCAUUUCUAUAGGAAGUAAAUGUACAGUUAGUUGGUUAUGUAAUAAUAAUGUCAUAAAAUGGGGAUUAUGACUCUGUAAACAGUGUAUAGAGAAGCACAGAUAUAACACGUGUUUGCGCCAAGUUCAAUAUUUUGGCAUUAAUAUUUUUUUUAUUAAAGCCAUAACCACUAAUGAUGUUCCAUGCACAUUGUGUAAUGUUUCAUACGCAUUACCUGCCUCCAUCAUGAAGUUUUUUUUUGUUUUUGUUUUUUAACUUUAAAUAAAUAUGCACAGUCAGA